CUCAAUACAGCCCAUAUAGCCACAAGAAACAUGGAUUUGGCAAACUCUUCCGCUCCUCCAAACAGUGUUGCUUCGUUUGGCUCUUGGUCUGCUGAGAUGCAGCAAUCUACUGCUUCUCCUACUAUUACGCAGUCUUAUUUGUUUCCAAAGCAUCGCUUGAAAAGAGUUAUGCAAGAUCCUGUCAAAGAACCGCUUGUUAUUGUUGCUUGUGGAAGUUUCUCUCCCGUAACUUACCUGCAUUUACGCAUGUUUGAAAUGGCCCAUGACUAUAUCCUUGAUAGUGAUAGAUUUGAAGCACUUGGUGGUUACUUUUCACCCGUCUCGGAUGGCUAUGCAAAACCUGGGCUUGCUCAUUGGCAACAUCGUGUUAGUAUGUGUGAACUAGCUGCAAGUGAUUCUUCUUGGCUUAUGGUCGAUCCCUGGGAGCCUAGUCAACCAAAAUAUAUUCGUACUGCAUUGGUGCUUGAUCAUUUUGAACAGGAGCUCAAUAGCGGUGCGGAUGGCGGAGUAUUGAUGUCAGAUGGCUCAAGACGACGUAUUCGAAUUAUGCUUCUUGCUGGAGGCGAUUUGAUUCAAUCAUUUGCUGUUCCGAAUCUAUGGAAAGAAACAGAUUUGUCGCAUAUCUUGGGUGACUUUGGGUGCUUAAUUAUUGAAAGAACGGGUGCCAACGUAUAUGAUUUCUUACUCACCAACGAUGCUUUGCACGCUCAUCGUAAAAACGUAUUUGUUGUAAAACAAUACAUUCACAAUGAUAUCAGCUCAACUAAAAUUCGAUUGUUUGUUUGUCGUGGGAUGUCCAUCAAGUACCUUGUACCAGAUUUGGUGAUCGCAUAUAUCCAAGCACAAUCUUUGUAUAAUGAAGCUUCUACGAGAAAGACUUGAAG